AUGAAGAAGGGGCUCUGGAGCUCUGAAGAGGAUGAUAUUUUAAGCGAGUACUUUAAGGAGCACGUGCGGCGAGGGGAAAUGGCGCCUCAUCGAGAAGAACUCGGUCUCGUCUCGAUCGUGGAAGAGUUGCCGGCGUGCUGGCUGUAUCAUCUCAAGCCUGAUCUGAAGAAAGGCCCCAUUACAACCGAAGAAGAACAAUUGUUCAUCAAGCUUCACAGAUGGGCUCAAAUAGCAAAACAUAGUGGAGACUUAAAGAAUCAACAGGAGAAUGCUUCCAACUUUACAACAGAUUUAGACAGGAAGGAGUGUGCUAGCCUUGCUGAAGAUGCAACCAAUUUCCCAGAUGAAAUAAUUGAAGAUGAUAAUUUUACUAACUUGGUUGAUGAGCCUAGGCAACAGAGUGUAGCUGUGGUUGUUCAUGAAAUGGAGAAGCAACCUCCUACUGAUGAUUCAAAAUCAGUAAUUUUACCACUCAUGGUUUACCUGAUCAUUACAUAUAUCCAAACAAGAUGCAAAGAGGGGAAUUUAAAUCUGUUGUAA